AUGUCUGCUAAUGGGUCGCAGUUGGGUGCAACACACUACAUCAGUGUCUGCCAAUGGGUUCGUGGGCAGAGAGAGGCUUUCUGAUGUCACUCAUGGGUGCUGAAGAACUUAUCCAUGGGAAUGUACAGUAUUUGCAGCUUGCGUUUUCAGAUGUCUUGGUCUAUUCUCAUAGGUGCUGGAAGAACUUAUCCAUGGGAAUGCGCAGUAGAUUCUCAUACGUUAUCCAUGGGAAUGCGCAGUAGCUUCUCAGACAGGAUCAAUCCAUGGGAAUGCGCAGGAGCCUCUUGUGGUGUUAGGAUCAAGGCCUUCUCUUUGAUAAGGGAGCCUAUUGAUGUGUUUCCUGUAACUUGGAGCAUUGCAUCAAUGGGUGUUGGCACUUCCUUCGUAAUGCUUGGUUGUGUGCCUUCUCGUAUUGAUAUGAGAGUCACCUCUGUGGCUGUAAUGAGUGGCUCACAGUUGAAAGUCACCUCUGUGGCUGUAAUGAGUGGCUCACAACAAUAA